AUGUAUUUUCCGGCAACAAGUAGUGUUGAUGUCAAUAAUGAUAAUCAAAUUGAAGAAUCUGAACAUGAUCAAGAUGAUGAUCAUAAUUCAAAUGUUGAUCAUGAGGUCAAUGAACAGUCCUCGGGCCAGGAUCUUGAUGUUAAUAAGGACAAUACGGAGGAGGAAAAUUUGCAGCCUUCACCCGAUGCUCCGAAUAUUGAUGAGCAGGUUGAUUCUCUGUUAUCUCUAUACGAUCCUAGAACAUGGGAUAAUCUUGACAACAGCAAACGGGAUAUUCUAAUUGAAAAGGGGCCUGUGAGAGAAAUGGAUCUGGUGUUCCCAAAGGAUGAUGAGGGUAGACAUUUCUCAUAUUUUCACUACACCAGAAAGUUAGCUAAUGAAGAGGUUAUUCACAAAGAGUGGUUGGUUUACUCUAAAGAGGUUGACAAAGUUUAUUGUUUUUGUUGCAAGUUAUUCAAAUCCAAUCAGAACAGGUCAUUGCUAGCAUCUGAUGGAUUGAGGGACUGGAGGCGUAUUAGUGCAAGACUCAAAGAACAUGAGGUUAGUGUUGAACACUUUACCAACAUGAAUACAUGGAAUGAACUAAGGUUGAGGUUAAGCAGAAACAAAACAAUUGAUGAUGAGAUGCAACAUAAGGUUGCAAAGAAAAAAGAGCGUUGGAGACAGGUAUUGCUCAGGAUAGUUUCUUUAGUGAAGUUUCUUGCAAAACGUAAUUUGGGAUUUCGAGGAACAAAUGAGAAGCUGUUUGAACAUAAUAAUGGCAAUUUUUUGGGCUCAGUUGAAAUGAUUGCUGAAUUUGAUCCUGUGAUGCAAGAACAUAUUAGGCGCAUUCAAAACAAGGAAAUACAUCAUCAUUAUCUUGGCCAUGGUAUUCAGGAUGAGUUGAUCUUACUUCUUGCUGAUUCCGUCAAAAAGUUUAUCUUAAAGACCAUCAAGGAUGCCAAGUAUUUCUCUGUUAUAUUUGACUGUACUCCAGAUGUGAGCCAUGAAGAACAAAUGACGCUAAUUGUGCGUUGUGUGAAUAUGUCAAGUAACAUUCCAAGAGUCGAGGAGUUUUUCCUAGAGUUUUUAAAGGUUCAUGAUACAUCAGGAUUAGGGCUUUUUAAUGUGUUGAUGGAUACAUUGGACUCUCUUGAUCUGGACGUUGCUGAUGUAAGAGGGCAAGGUUAUGACAAUGGUUCUAACAUGAAGGGAAAAAAUCAAGGUGUUCAGAAUCGCUUGCUUGAAGUUAAUCCCAAAGCAUUAUAUAUGCCAUGUGCAUGUCAUAGUUUGAAUCUCACUCUUUGUGAUAUGGCAAAAUCUUGCGAACAUGCCAUUUCAUUCUUCGGUAUUAUCCAGCGUAUAUAUGUACUGUUUGCACGUUCUACUAAAAGGUGGAAGAUUUUGCUUGAUAAUGUUCCAGGUCUGACUCUCAAACCUUUGUCUGAUACUCGUUGGGAGAGCCAAAUAAAGAGUGUGCAACCUAUAAGGUACCAAACUUCCCAAGUAAGAUCAGCUUUGAAGGAGUUGGAGAAGACUGCUAGGGAGGAUAAUGAUCCAGCUACAGUAAGUGAUGCUCAAUCUUUGUUCAAAGCACUUGGGAAAUUUGAGACUUUAGUUGGUAUGAUUAUUUGGCAUGACAUACUAUUUUCUAUUAAUAUGGUGAGCAAAAUGUUACAAGAAAAAAUGGUGUGCAUCGAUGCUACUCUAAAACACAUUGAUGGGGUCAAGUCAUAUUUUCAGAAGUAUAGAGAUGAAGGCUUCAAUUCUAGUAUUGAAAGUGCCAAAGCCAUUGCGUUGGAUAUGGGCAUAAAGCCCCAAUUUCGUACAAAGCGUAAAAGUAAAAGGAAGAAGCAUUUUGAUGAAAUCAAUGAUGAAGAUGAAGAUCUACAACUGUCAGCUAUUGAAUCCUUCAGAGUUACAUACUUUCUUGUCAUUGUUGACACCGCAAUUGCUUCAUUGUCUAGUCGAUUUGAUCAGCUGAAGGCAUUUGAAGAUUUGUUUGGUUUCUUAUUCAACUCAAAUAAUCUGAAGUCUUUGGAUGAAAGUAGUCUACGCAAAUCAUGCACCACUUUUGCAAAAGCUUUUACUCAUAAGAAGUCGCAAGAUGUUGAUCUUGAUGAUUUUUUCUCCGAGUUAAAAGUAUUGCAACUAACCUUGCCAGAUGCUUUGAUGUCAGCACUUGAGAUUCUUCAGUUUGUUACCGCUGCAAAUUGCUAUCCAAAUGUAUCAGUUGCCUAUCGGAUCCUCUUGACUAUACCUGUGACUGUAGCCUUAGCUGAAAGAAGUUUCUCUAAACUGAAACUAUUGAAGAAUUGUUUGAGGUCAACUAUGUUACAAGACAGAUUGAAUGGCUUGGCUACAUGUUGCAUUGAGAAGGAUAUCUUGGAUAAAAUUGAUCUUGAGAUUAUAAUCAAUGAUUUUGCAUCUAGAAAUGCCCGGAGAAGCUUUUUUAUGAAGCAUUGA